UGUCAGUUCUCCAAUGAACUGAACAGUAGCUGGAUGAAUGCCGCUUUCCAGAGCCUCCUGAACCUGGGUGUCACCGGACGGUGUCUUGCCCGGGAACGGGUGUUUCUGGAGGCUUCAUCCAUUCCGUGCUGUGCAAGUCUGAUUCUUGCAGCCGUCCGCCAUCCGGGCAGACAUUUUACAGCAACAGACCUCUCCCCAGCUCUGGUAGAGCUGAUGGAGAGAAAUCUGUUUUUGGACAUGUGUAGGGAUUACGCUGUAAAAUGUUUGCUGGAGUCCUUGUUAAUAUGGUUGGACUCACUUGGCGGCGAGACAGACAGAGACUUGUACUGCUCCAACAAUUGCUCUGUCUGUCAAACCAGCUGCCUGGAGCUCCUGAGCGAUGGCCCCAUGGUUGCCCUGCCAGCGGCAACUUUUCCAACUGAUUUAGUUACUCUUUUUGACGAUUGGUUGGCAUUGGGAGGCAGGCGCCGUUGCUCAGGCUGCAACGCUGCCUUGGAGAAGAAGUACCAGUUGGCGGGUAACAACGUUCUGGUGUUUUUUCUCCCGAGGCGGACCAGGAUCCAUCCAGUGACGGCCAACCAGACUAUGGAUGUGCCCGCACAGUCUGCCUGCGGGACGGAGCGGUUCUGUCUGUCCUCUGUGAUCUGUCAGGGUCCAUUGUCGACCCAGUUUUAUACGUAUUUGAUGGGAGAACAUAAAAUUCUGAAGGCAGAAAAUGAUCAUGUCUUCUCUGCAGAUGACCUCUGCAGUGAAGACAUGAAUCAAACGGGAGUUUUGUACGUAUACGAAAAGGUAAGGAGACAUCAGUUAGUCACUGAUGUCUCAAGUUCUCCAGCCCCUCCUCUCCAAGGCGACCAAGGCGCGUUUGGAGAGGAGCCAAACUUAACUGAUUUGGAUUAUGAGGAAAUUCCAAAAGAUGCAAUUAGUGACCAUUUGGAGGCUGGAGAAAUCUGACCGGGUCUUAUCUAAAUUUAUGAACUAAAAAGAUUAGACAGGUUUCCUGUUUGCAGGUUUCUCUCCGGGCGCUCCGGCUUCCUGCCACAGUCUGACAUUACGACUGUUAGUUAAUUUGGCUCUAAAUUCUGCCUAGUGUGAUUAAAACAUUUAUUUUCUGCCUUCAUGGUUUGCAUGUUCUCCAAUCAGUGGAUUCUCUCCGGUUCGGUCCCAAAAGAUGACCGUUGGUUUACUUGGCUUUUCUAGUUGACCUUUUCCCCAAGUCUUCUCCCCUCUCGUUUGCUUAAAGUAGUUUUGGCCACUAGGAUUUUGACUUAAAUCAAACUCCUCUUUCAAAUGUGUGCCAAGAUAUUCUUGGGUGUGUUGUGGAGGAAUUGGGCCACACACACCAAAUAUUGGACCACAUUCCUGUCAGGGAGAGGACAAGGAUCGAUUUCAGUGAGCUUGGUGCAGCGCGUU